CCCCGGAUGCGGCAGCCAUCAAAGUCCUGUCGCACACAGUUCGAUAGGACGUACAGUAUCCGUUUUCGUAUUUUGGAAUAUUUGGAUUUUUACUUCGCUUCGCUUUGCUGGUUUCGUUCAUUCAGGCAUUGGGAAUAUCGAAUAUAUCGACCGAGAGCCAGAAUACGUAUAAACGGACUCAGGUUGCAUCAGGUUGGCAAACAUGUCGGGUGAUACAGCUGUUCAAGAAUUUCCUAAUCCAGUCCUUCCGAAUCCCGAAACGAAGUACCCUAUUGUUGUGGACUACUGCGGAGUGUGCUCGUUGCCAGUCGAGUAUUGUGAUUAUUCCCCGGAGCCAGAAAAGUGCAAAGAAUGGUUAAAGCAGAAUCUUCCCGGUCAAUUCAAACAGCUGAAUGUGGGCGCGGCGGAAGAACCUGCAACAACUUCGACUGCAGACGAAGACGGUGACGGAAAGGAAGAAGAAGCUAAGAAGCGGCAAACUCGAGGUGGCAAAGCGCGCAUAAAACUCCCUGCAGCCGAAGAGAAAAAGAAGCCUGGCUUGAUAAAAUUAUCCAUUGCUUCGCGAGGAAAAAAGAAAUACGUUACUCUCAUUACAGGCCUGGGAACUCAUGGGAUCGAUCUGAAACUUGCAGCAAAAUUUUUUGGACAGAAAUUUGCCUGUGGUUCCUCGGUUACAGGAGAGGAUGAAAUUGUUAUCCAGGGCGAUGUUAAGGAUGAUUUAUUGGACUUAAUUCCAGAAAAGUGGUCGGAGAUUGAUGAAGAUCUGAUCGAGGAUUUGGGAGAGCAAAAACGAUGAGUGCGGUUUUCCGCUACCGUAUUUCUUCGAGCUGACCUUUUUUUCAGUUGCCAGUUUUAUUCGUAAUAUUUCAUUAGAGUAUGUAUUUUUGCGUCCUUUAAUUUAGAUAAGUCAUUGCAUGCGGCAUGUAUUAAACAUACUGGAACUGUCUGGGAAAUCAAAAACAAAAUUGUGAAUGCAGUCAAUGCACUGGGUAAUAAAUGCGCAUUCUGAAAUUU